AUGUCUGGCUCAAUACUCAUGUCCCGCAUCUCAUCGAAAAAUGAUUCGGCCUCCUCCGGCGAUUUCCAGCCCGAGAGCAGUAUAUUGAAUAUUUGGCCGGAACUCGCGCUUCAAGGCGUGAUAAACGUUCCUGGCGUCACUCAUGCUCUUUUCCUGGCACAAGCUUCUGAACAAAGCGUUGUAACAGCUGACAUCGAAAUCUGUGACGAGUCUUCGGAACCGUUUGAAGGACUCGACGGUCUGCCUAACCGAGCAGACCUUAGCCACCCGGCCCAAGACGACCUGAACGGUUCUUGGGGUGAUCAAGGACCGAUCUUUUCUCUUGAUUUCGGACAGAAGAACCCAGAUUUCAUCGAAUUUCCGGUUCCGGCCAAGAAUGUAGAGCACGGUGUCCAGGGAAAAGGGUGUGGGGACAAACCCAUUGAUAUUCGAGGUGAUUCUAACUCCAAAGCGGGGAGUGGGCUUGAGUGGGAAAAGCGGACCCUUUUGAGGACCCCAUCGACCAAUUCGUUCGAAAAGUGGAUUCGGGAUGCUAUGAGGGAGCGCCUCAGGGACUGGGCGUCCGGCGAGGUCGUGAUUAUGCGAUUUUCUCAACUGCGUCGUUUUGAGGAGGAGGAGGAGGAGGAGGCGGCGGCGAGGACUGAGGCUGGAGAUGAGGGAUUGCUGAGAGGUACCUUCUCGUCAAUGGCGUCGAGGAGUGGAGGAGCGAUUUGGCCGUGA